AUGGAGACUGUGUCCGCCUCGCCUCCAACCUCUUCUCCAACCCCUACCGGGCUAUUAGGGAAGUACCACUGUCGACUACAGCGGAGGUGUGAGGUCAAGCUGAAGGAGGAGGGACGAGAUGGUGCUGUACAAGAACACCCCUUGUCAGAGUUGGGACUGCUCUGCUCAAGUGCUCUGACACGCCACCGUCGCGAGGUGGGUUGGGGGCAGAGAGAGUUGUUUCAGGUCAACUCCGAGGAGGACGCCAUGAACUGGUUCCCAGUACGCCCUCGCUUCGUCCCUCUACGACCUCCUCCAAAGCCAGAGGCAAGUAACCAGCCAAUAGUAGACUGCCUCCGUAGUCACUUCGACUGGAGCUCCGCCCACACGCUCGUGGAUACGGGCCUGAGGGAAUGCCUGAAGCACAACCACGUCCAGAGCCAGAUAAAUGCCAGGGACGUUGUUGGUCAGACUCACCUGGCGUGUGAGCUGGGAGUGGCAUGUGUCACAGAGCUGCUGGAGGAGUGCCAGGCUCGCACCGACAUCAAAGACAAGAACGGGCGGAGACGCUCAAUGCAUUGUGCUGCUUGGCUACCGAUAGGGUUCGAGGACAUCAUGCACGUUACGGCGGCGGUGGGAGCGAUAGUGGGCCGGGAGGAAGUGGACGGGUUCAAAGCAGGAAGCUUCAGGAAGAUAGACAGACUGCUGUGUCUGGAUGGAGGGGGCAUUAAAGGCUUGGUUCUGAUCCCGUUAAGCCACUUCCUGGAGAAAGAGGCAGGCCCCGUCAAGGAACUCUUUGAUUGGGUUUCGGGACCACUUUGGGGCAUACUGGCCCUGGCUAUCAUCCAUGGUAAGGAUGGAGUAUCACUGCGAUUCACCUCUACUUCCCGUCUGAAGGAGCAAGGUGUUCAAGGGGUCGCGCGACCCUACGAGUCGGCCCCUCUGGAGGACUUUCUAAGAGAGGCAUUUGGAGAGAACACCAUGAUGACAGAUGUACGGCACCCCAGGUAACCAUGGAAACACUUUGGCUUUGUAAUCAGUGUAAUGGCAGACAAAGAACAUCCAGGAGAAGCUUCCAUCUCUUCGAACUCUGCCACCUCCCUGCCCAGAGAAGGCCCCUACGCUGCCACAGCCACCUUCCUUCCCCCUCACCAUACCAAGGUAACUUAGAGUCGGGAGCAGGUCGUGUGGAGAAGCCGCCGUUCCAGUGCUGCCCCACCUACUCGACCAAUGGGCCGGUUUCUGGACGGAGGGUUGCUGGUCAACAACCCGACACUGGAUGCCAUGACUGAGAUCCACCAAUACAACAAAUCCCUGAAAGCAGAGGGGCGUGGCUCAGAGGUGCAGCGUCUAGGUGUGGUGGUUUCUUUAGGGACAGGUAAGCCUCCCCAGGUAGUGGUGAACUCUGUAGACGUGUUCAGACCCUCCAACCCUCUGGAACUGGCUAAGAGCUUUGUAGGCGCCAAGGAGCUGGGCAAGAUGCUGGUGGACUGCUGUACAGACUCUGAUGGCUGUGCUGUCGGACAGAGCCCGGUCCUGGUGUAGAUGACUGAUACUGUCUACCACAGACUGAGCCCCCAGCUCUCCCAGGAGGUGAUGCUGGAUGAGGUGAGUGACGCCGUGCUGGUGGACAUGCUGUGGGAGACCCAGAUGUACCUCUACGAACAGAGGGAGAACGUCCAACUCCUGGCACAGCAACUACUCAACGGCUACUGAGAGGAGAGGCAGAGGAGAGGCAGGGAAGGGAGCAUGCUAUGGGAAUCCCAGAUGGACAUCAUACUACUACUGGCACAACAGGGGUUUGUUCAUUACGCCGAUUCUGUGGCAAAACGUUUCGUCAACGGAAGCAAAUGGAACGAAACAGGGAGUGACCUACCAAUACCUACCUACCAAUUUGUUCAGUAGAAACUCAUUUUCUAUGGGGUGUAAUCAUUGUGUAGAUGUAUAUGUACUUGAAAAAGCUCUGAGAAAAUGUCCAUAACCUGAUGUUUUGUCGGAGAGGUAGAGAGA